AUGUUGUCCAUGCAGAACCAUCAUUCCUCGGUGCUGCAUCACUCGUCCGUGGUAAGAACAAAAUCCACUGCCAACGGUGGAGCCGGUCCGUUCCGUCAGCCGCCAACCGUUCCAUCAGCAGCGUCGCUGGGCCUGUCCGUCCUGAACACCACCGCCGCCACCCUCCAGUCUGGGAGUGCCGUCGAAAGCCCGUCCUCCUCUGACGGCAGUCAGACUCCCGGCGUGAACGAUGAUAUCUCGGUCGAGUCGAUGAACUGCUGGCCUCAGGACGCCCGCUUCGACCCCUCCAAGAAUGUUUUCAGAAUGCGCCGCGAAUCCGACCAGACCUCUCCCUCGUCCGCAACGUCGGCCACCUUCGGAGCCGACUUCACUUUCAACCCCGCCGAUUCCAUGGACCACGACUCUCCCGAUACAAUUCCACCAAAGAUCGAGGAGCUGGAUGACGAUGGGGAGAUUCUGAUGUCCGUCAAGCCUGGUGAUGACCACCCCGCCGACGAAGCUUCCACUGCCGUGUCAGUCAGCGCGCCACGAAAACGAGGCCGCCCACGCAAGCAUCCGCUACCCAUACCCGGCGGGCAGGUUAAGAUUGCCAAAGGUCGUUCAAAGACGGGUUGUAUAACUUGCCGGAGGAGGAAGAAGAAAUGCGACGAGACAAAACCUGCAUGUUUGAACUGCCAGAAAAAUGCCGUCGUUUGUGAAGGCUAUCCACCGAAAGAAAUUUGGAGAAGCGGGAAGCAGAAAUUGGAAGACGCGGUUCGAAGGGGUUCAAUGUCACUACUGCCACGAGGUCUUCCCAUCCUAAUCGAUGGAAUUGAAACAGAGAUCGACCGCCGGUUUCUCGACCAUUUCGUCUAUGACUUUAGCCGCGUGCUCACCCUUAUCAACGAUGACUCCAAUCCUUUCAAAGAGAUUUUGCUUCCCAUGGCGACUCAGCAUCGAGGUCUGAUGCACUCUUUGAUGUGCCUGUCGGGAUCUCAUCUAUCAGCACGGGAUCCGGAGCCACGUUACAAAGAGAGAAAACACUACCAUUUCGACCGAGCCAUAACCGACUUACGAGAAAGCAUCAAUUCAGCCCCUCAGGCCGAAGACGCGGAGGAACCACAGUUGUUGGUAGAGGAUCCCAUCAUUGCAUCCACGCUGGCUUUGUGUCUAAACACGAUCUGUGAAGGAGAGACGGGAGGAGAGUAUCGCUCCCAUAUGGACGCUGCCCGCUAUCUCUUAACCUCGCAGAAGCCGAAGAACGAAAAGUUCCGACAGUUCAUUAUUGAGUUCUUCCAGUAUCAUGACGUCUCCAAUUCGUUGACAUCGUUGGACCGACGACCAUUGCAGCUAACCGGUGACCUUCGCCUUCCGGACUUUGUGCCUCAUGCCCAGGCUGGCACUUUUCUUGGUAUCUUUGAUGGCUUGUUCAAUUACAUUUCCGAAGUAACCAGGCUCAGAGAUCGUAUUCGACGACGCUACAAUGAUGGGUUUGAGCCUGCUGUCGAUUACCAGACCCUGAGCGAAGCGGUUUCCAUUGACUCUGCGCUCCGAGUUUGGGAGCCGUCGUACGAAGCCGAGACUCCAAACUGGUAUGCUUCCCAGCUAUAUAGACAGUCGACUUGGGUUUACUUGUACCGAACAAUCCGGCCAUCGCGCCCUAGUCAGAAGAUCACUCAAGUUGUCGAUGAUGCUUUGAAAUACCUAGAUAUGCUCCCACAGGAUGCAGGGGCGUUUAGCAUCAUGCUUAUGCCGUUAUUCCUCCUCGGGUGCUCUGCAUUCUUGCCUCGUCAGCGCGAGAGAAUCAAGAAAGGUUUCAAUGCAUUGGUUGAGUAUUCUAGUCUGCGCAAUAUCGAACCAGCUCUCAGAGUCGUGGAACAAGUGUGGACAGUCAUGGACACGAAGAUGGAGGAUAGUUGGGACUGGGAGAAAAUUAUUGAGAAUAUGAAGAUGGAUUUUUUGAUUACUUGA